AUGAACUCCUCCAGAGAGAAGAUCACCUUGAAUGUGGGUGGAGUCCGGUAUGAGACCACCUCCAGCACUCUCCAGGCUUUCCCAGGUACCAAGCUUUGCUGCCUCACAGAGCCCCAGGCCGACACCGUGUUUGACUACGAUGCCAACGCCAAAGAAUUCUUCAUUGACCGAAGCCCUCGGCUGUUUGAUGCAGUGCUGAACUACUAUAGGACCAAACACCUCCACUGCCCGGAAGAUAUCUGCAAGUCUACAUUUGAAGAGGAGCUGGUGUUUUGGGAGAUCAGCCAUGUGCCCGUGGCUCCCUGUUGUUGGCACAGGGUGGCUAAUGCAGAGGCCAGGCAGGCAGAGACCCUCUGUGAUGAGAGAAGUGAGGCUGACCGCCAGGGUCUCCCAGCCCCAGUGGAAAGAAGGAACCUCAGUGGGCAGGCCGGGCAGCAGCCCAAGAUCUGGGCACUCUUUGAAAACCCCUUCUCCAGUUUACCUGCAAAGUGCCUGGCUAUUGUUUCUCUGCUCUUCAACAUUGGCAUAGUCAUCAUUUUUGAGGAGAAAAGUCGUGCACAACUACAUUACCAUUAUGGCACGCCAAUGCACAACGACUUUGAAAAUGAUACGCACCAUGAAAACCAUAAUUCCUUCUACCAGCCAGCUAAUAAUUUCCUGUACUUGGAGCUUUUCUGCAUCCUCUGGUUCACAUUUGAGUUUUCUAUGCGACUCACAUUCUGCCCAGACAAAAAGAAAUUCCUCACAAACCCCCUGAAUAUUACUGAUUUCCUUUCUCUGUUUCCGGUUUUCAUUGAGCUCUUCUCAAGUGCCCAUAUUGAUAAAAUGCCGGAAAUCUUAUCCUGGCUGGGUUUCUUCCGUGUGCUGUACAUCGUCAAACUCCUGAGGAUCUUCAAACUGCUGCAGACCCCUCUGUUGCUGAGAGUGCUGCCCUUCACAUUCCGGUCCAUCUUGAAAGAGGUCUUCAUCUUCGUGAUGAUUUUUGCCUUUGAAGUCCUUUUCUUUGGUGCCCUUUGUUUCCACGCGGAGCUCCUUGAAGCAGACACACACUUUGAUGGAAUGGUCUCUUCCUUUUACUGGGCAGCAAUCACCCUGACCACGGUCGGCUAUGGAGAUAUGCAUGCCGUCACCGCAUUGGGCAGAGUAGUUGCAUGCUGCACGGCCCUUUGUGGCAUACUGACCAUCAUCAUUCCCCUUCCCAUCUUUCUUAUCAAGUUCCAAGGCUAUUAUGCCACUGCCAUAAUGAAGGAGAAGAUGAAAAGCAGCAAGAGGAGCAACUAG